AUGCCAUGGAACCCAAUUUCCUUCAUUCCAACAAAAAUUAUCUUAAAUCGUCGUCUUCAUGCAGUCUCUGCCGGUACUUCUCUGGCGAUGAACCCCCAAGCAGUAUAUUCCCUAGCGUCACUUCUUCAGCGUCAAACCCCCACACUUGAUCUGGUUGGCUUGGUUGUAUAUGAUCAUCAAGUGCCAUAUGGUGCAACUCUAGAAUACGUGGUUGGUCAUUACAUGGUGCAAAUUGCAAGCUCUUUUCUACCUGUAAUGGUUGGUGCUCCUCAAGAGGAAGAACAAAUUGUUGACAUGGCCUAUCUUGAGCUUGCGAUAUUGCUAUGCUGGCGAUUUUUGCAUGAUAAUGUAAUGGAUGACCUCAUGCGAUUGGUUACAAUGAUAAGAGGGGUUGCAGAUCCAUUAGCAUCAGCCUACUGUCGCUUCUUUUUGCUUCAUUGUGCCCAGAAACUUCCCCAACUUGAUACAGGGCAUCUGAUAGCUUGCAUUAGUGACAAAAAAAAUUGUACUUACACGGAUUGUAUCCAUCAAAGAAAUCAAGUAUGGGAACUUUUUGGGAGAUCGAAGGUUGGUUAUCAGCAUGAUGGAACCAAUAAUUGA